CCAAUAAGAAGGAAAAAAGAAGAAAGGAUGUGAAUGUGAUAACUAACCACACAACACUUUCACUUUGAAUUGGAAUAGGAAAAGGGGAAGGGGAAAGGGAAAGAGGAAAAACCCACCGUCGACACGCCAGCCUCCGGUCUCCUCGAUUCUCUCACUGAAAAGAAGAAGAAGAAGAAAAGAUGAUGGGUUUAGGGUAUUUGGGAUCAUCGUCGUCAUCUUCGUCGUCCUCAAAUUUGUCACCUUUAGCUCCACCUUUUACUGUUGAUCGAUCUAACCAAAACAAACCUGCCCUAAAUUCAAACUCAAUUUCCCAUUUCAAUGAUCCAUCAUAUGGAGUACCCUUCACCUCCUCUUGGCACUCCUCAACUGCUAGACAAGAUUUUUUGGCCGAUUCGGGAAGGACCACUACUCUCCCUUUAAACGAUUCCAGAUACAUGAUUCCGGAGCCCGUUAAUCUUCCAACCGCUGGUAAUUGGUCUGGUUUGAACUCUAAUGGUAAACAUGGAUUGGAGCAGAUAACUCCUGGUCGGCCCCAUUGGUCUGCUGUAUACCCUAGUCCAAAACGUGUCGCUGAUUCCUUCUCUUAUAAUCUCAGUGAAGCAAAGCCAUUCUAUCCUCCGUAUGCCUCUUCUUCUUCGGUGAACAAUGAUGAUAUUCCUUUGGUGACCUUUAGUGAGCCCGGCUACGAUUUGUUGUCUAGUUCUGGGCUUGGGCUUGCUCACGGGCAUGGUGAUGAAACCUCCCAAGUUGAUUAUACCCGAAGCUUGUCUGGAUUGGAGUAUAACCCGCAGCACGACAGUGUUUGGAGUACUGGACUGCCCGAGGGAAAGCAAGUGAAAAAAAUUGAAAGCGACGACAGUUUUUUUUCAGAGGAGGCCAACCUUGCUGCUUAUAAUAACUAUUUUAAUCAAGGAGCUUAUGGUAACAAGAGCUCAAGCAAAAGCAAAGAUGAUGCUAGCCUUUUCUAUUAUGCUGAUAUUAUAAGAAGAGCAAACAACAGUGGGCAUGGAAAGUCAGAUGCUGCAUCAUUUUCUGCAAAUGCAAAUACUCACAGCCUUGAUCCUAAUGACUUGUCAAAAGGAGGAUCAACGUUUAGAGCCUUUCCUAUGUUUUCUGAAUCUCAUCCAUUAAUACAAUCACCUGAACCUCCUGAAGAUCUCUGGAACAGCCAAAACUCAUACAACCCCAACCCAUAUGAGAAGAGAUACCAUAUGUUUGAUUGCUCUGAUGAUCACAUAACAAAAUCAUCUGCCCUUGUGAUCAAGCCUCCUGCUGCAGUUUCAUCAAAAAGUUUGGAGAUUGGCAAUCUUUCAGCUCUGAACAUCAAUGAUGUUGUGGGUAGUCCCUUGAAAGAAAAGGAGCAAUCCUUAUCGGGUGGGAGUUUCUUGGCUCCAAAUCAGCUGAGCUUUCAAAUAGGAAGAACUUCCUCAACAAAAAACGAAGACAUGUCUGCCUCUGCCAGUGAUCAACUGAAAUUUGAGUUUAAAGCUCAAGUUCCUGAUAUCAAUACCACCGGAAAUGUAAAAAUCAGUGCAAAUUCUUUUGAACAGUUUGAUCAUCAUAACCCUGCUGAGGAUUCUCCUUGCUGGAAAGGAGCUCCCACCUCUCAGUCUCAGUUUCUACCAUUUGAAUCCCAAUCACCUCAACCUCCUAUGAAGAAACUACAAACAGGGAAUGGUGUGGACGAAACAAAUGAGAGGAAAGAAGACUCUGUUGAGGUUGUUGUGGUGAAUUCUUCCGAACCUAGCAAUGGAGGAGGAGGAGGAGGAGGAGUUGUUGAUAACAACAUUAAACCAAAGAAGGAAUAUGCUUCCUUGAACGAGUCAAGUAAACUGAAGUUACCAACAACUCCAGAGAUGGAUGUUAAUGUCAAUGCAAGUGGUGUUGUGAAAUCACUGUAUAAUCUGUCGGAUUUGCUUUUACUUCACUGUUCAAAUGAUGAAUUUGCGCUAAAGGAGCAUGAUCGCGAGGCCCUUGAUCGUGUGAUUCACAAUCUUGGUGUCUGCAUGUCAAAAGCGACCUCUCCACCUCCACCUCCACCUCAGCAGCAGAAGACAUGCACAUCAAAUAUGUCUCAAGAGUUGCAGAUGAGGAAUGAAACCAUAUUGCAUGAUGAUAGUUUUGGUAAAAAUGUGGAGAAAUUGCUGCUGGAACAUGCUUCUCUGGAUGUGGAUCCGCCAAAAGAUCAUAAAAUGGUCCAGGCAAUACAAAAGGUGCUUGCAGAAAAUGUGGAAUGUGAGGUGAAGGUGACGGAGACCCUGUCAUUGUAUAAAAAUCUGUGGCUUGAAGCCGAAGCAGAGCUCUGCUCCUUAAGUUUUAGAGCCCGCUUUGAGCGUUUGAAGACACACAAAUCAACAGAUGCUGCUGCCUCUCCCACUCCCAUAAAAAAGGAAAUCACAGUCGUUGAUGAUGAUGUUGAUGUUGAGGCUGGUGUGAUGGCCCGUUUCAAUAUCCUCAAGCGCCGUGAAGACCCAAAUCCUGUUGCAGAUAUUAUUGACCCUUGGGUGAUGGACCGAUUGAACAUUCUCAAACGCAGAGGGGAGUUGAAUGCUAAUAAUAAAGUAACAGAUUGUGUCCAGGAUGAUGAAGAAGCAGAAGAAGACCAACAAGAAGAAGAAGAAGAAGAAGCAGUGGGGAGUGGGGGCUCAGACUGGGAACACAUACUCAAAGAUGACUUUAGUUGGCGCCUAAGUUAACAACCACCACUUCCUAAGCAGCCAUGUACUAUGUACAUACAUAAAUAAGUAUCGUACCAUGAUACCCACCUGUUAAUAGUUAAUACUUUAUGUCUUAAUAAUACAUCUCUAAACCAAAAAUAUGUAUAAAGUUUCAAAUUUAAUUUUCAACUUGGGUCGGGUUGCUUUA